GUGUGUUGUUUGCGCUUGGACUGUAGCAUGCUCUGGGUCCAAAAUGGGCAGUUGCCUGCUUGGGCUCCUAGAUUGCUUCCUCGUUCGAGGAUACAGCAUGCCCAGCUGAGAGUGGGUUCGCAAGCCCGAAGCACAGGAUGCGCAGGUUACACUCGACAUACUGCUAGCUUCAUUGGAGCCAGCGCGGCUCUGCUUUCGGCUUCCCGCCGCCUUUCAACUUUGUCGAGAGCUGACGAUCGCGAUGAGAGGAUGGGAAGCACAGUGACUCCAGGUGUCAUCACAAGUCCUGAUGCCCCAGUUGUAGGCGUGUACAAGACCAUCCGAUCUGGAGAGCGGCCCUCUGUGGACUUUGUGCAGGUCAGUAGCUUGGGCACGACUGGCCCAGAGAUUGGCUCCCAAGUUUGGAUUCGUGCUCGAGUUGCUGCAGUUCGAGUCAAAGGCAAAUCUACGUUUGUGGUCCUGCGGCAGAACAGCUUGCACACUGUGCAAGCCUGCAAGUUUAAAGAGAAGGAAGAUGGAGGUGAAAGUGCAACUGCUAUUGCUCGCUUCUUCAAAGCCCUCCCUUUGGACCGCUGUUUGCUUUCAGUGAUGGUAAUUUGUUUGGACAUUCUUUUGCUACGCUAAGUAUUUGGUGCGUAAUGCCGUGAGGAGAGCAUUGUUGACAUGUCUGGAGUGCUGGUGGAGGCAAAUGUUUCCGGGUGCACCCAGAAGAAUGUGGAGCUUCAGAUCAGGCAAGUCUAUGCCGUCACCCUUGCAGCUCCGCAACUUCCAUUUCUGAUGGCAGAUGCGCAGCGCAGCGAGGAAGAGAUCGCCGCAUCAAAAGAUAGUAAGCGACCUUUGGUCAGAGUCUUGCCCGAUCUCCGUCUGGACAACAGAUGGCUCGAUCUACGAGUCCCUGCUCACAAUGCGAUUCUCCGCAUUCAGGCAGUCAUGUGCCAGUUGUUCCGUGAAAGCCUAGCAAAGCGAGGGUUUAUAGAGAUUCAUUCUCCAAAGCUCAUUUCUGGGGAGAGUGAAGGAGGAGCUGAGGUGUUUCGAGUGGAUUACUUUGGCUCCAACGCAUCUCUGGCACAAUCUCCGCAGCUCUAUAAGCAGAUGGCUAUGUCCGCAGACAUCCCAGGCGUCUUUGAGGUGGGACCCGUGUUCCGUGCGGAGAACUCCAACACUGCACGGCAUUUGUGCGAGUUCACAGGCCUGGACCUGGAAAUGCCCAUCGCGUGGCACUACAAGGAAGUCAUCCAGGUCGUCCACGAAACGCUUGCGGAUAUCUUUCAAUGCGUCGAAGAGAAGCAUGCCGAAGAGCUUUCCAUCAUCCGCCAGAUGUAUCCAUCUGAGGCACCCAAACUGCCAGCUGGCACUGAGUCUCCCUGCGUGCUGAACUGGGAUGAGGCUAUGGAGCUUUUGACCAGCAAUGGAACGCAGAGAGAGGAUGUCAUGGCAGAUUUGAGCACAGAAGAGGAGAAGCUGUUGGGCCGUCUUGUGCGAGAGCGAUAUGGUGUCGACCUCUUUUUUCUUGAUAAGUAUCCAUCUUCAGUGAGACCGUUCUACACGAUGCCUUCUGAAGAGCAGCCUGAGUUUUCCAACUCCUACGAUGUCAUUUUUCACGGCCAGGAGAUCGGAAGCGGGGCUCAGCGAUGUCACGAUGCAGAUCUUUUGGAGGAGAGGUGUGCUGAGCUUGGAGUACCCACCGGCCCUCUGGCGUCGUAUAUCGAGUCUUUCCGGCACGGGGUGCCGCCACAUGGUGGAGUGGGUCUAGGUCUGGAGCGUAUUGUGCAGCUGUACCUUGGCCUGGACAACAUCCGCAAAGCGGUCAUGUUUACGCGUGAUCCAACCCGGCUUUCUCCCUGAUUGCCGACUUUGGAUAUGCGCUGCCCGCGUACAUAGAUGAUGUUAUAAGAGAUUUUCGCUUGAGCGUGCAAGGCACUAGUCAAACGGCGC